CGGGGCCGGCCGAUGGAGCGCGGCGCGGGGGCUGCUGGGAGGCGCGCGCGCGGAGCGGGCUGUGACGCAGCUUCCUCCCUGCGGGGCCUCCCUCCUCCGGCGGGCGGCGGCGGCGGCGCGGAGAGGCCUGGGCGGGCCCGGCCCCUCCCGGCGGUUUAGCUAAAGGAAACUCGGAUACAUACUGAAGAUGUUCAACAAAUCCUUCGGAACUCCGUUUGGAGGCAGCACUGGCUUUGGGACAACUUCAACAUUUGGACAAAAUGCUGGCUUUGGUACUACGAGUGGAGGAGCGUUUGGCACCUCAGCCUUCGGGUCGAACAACAACACCGGAGGCCUCUUCGGCAGCACACAGACAAAGCCAGGAGGGUUGUUUGGUUCGACGACGUUUAACCAGCCAGCCACCUCCUCCACAAGUACUGGCUUUGGGUUUGGGACAUCAACAGGGACGUCAAACAGCCUGUUUGGCACCACCAGCACCGGUGGAGGGCUCUUCUCAUCCCAAAGCAAUGCCUUCGCGCAGAACAAGCCCGCUGGCUUCGGAAACUUUGGAACAAGCACCAGCAGUGGCGGCCUCUUCGGAACCACAAACACAACUUCCAAUCCUUUUGGGAGUACAUCUGGCUCUCUGUUCGGCCCAACUAGUUUCACUGCUGCUCCAACUGGCACAACCAUUAAGUUCAAUCCACCAACCGGUACAGAUACUAUGGUAAAAUCUGGAGUUAGCACUAACAUUAAUACCAAGCACCAGUGCAUUACUGCUAUGAAGGAAUAUGAAAGCAAAUCUCUCGAGGAGCUCCGUUUAGAAGACUACCAGGCGAACAGGAAAGGCCCCACAAACCCUGUAGGAGCAGGAGCAACUGCAGGCUUGUUUGGGUCUUCUACGGCUACGUCAAGUACAGCUACAGGACUCUUCGGCUCUUCUACUACUAAUACAGGCUUUUCUUACGGACAGAAUAAAACUGCUUUUGGAACUAGUACGACUGGCUUUGGAACAGGAACGACAGGGGGUCUGUUUGGUCAGCAGCCUCAAACUACAAGCCUGUUCAACAAACCUUUUGGUCAAGCCACAACAACGCAGAACACCGGCUUUUCCUUUGGCAAUACGAACACGCUGGGGCAGCCAAACACAAACACGAUGGGUCUCUUUGGGGCAACCCAGCCCUCGCAGCCUGGAGGCCUCUUUGGAACAGCUGCCAAUACAAACGCUGGUACUGGAUUUGGAACGGGAACUAGUCUUUUUGGACAAACUAACACAGGAUUUGGUGUUGGCGGUUCGACCCUGUUUGGUAGCAAGCCGGCUGGAUUUGGAACCACCACGACCAGUGCUCCCUCGUUUGGCACAACCACUGGCGGCGGGCUCUUUGGUAACAAACCAACCCUGACUUUAGGAACCAAUACAAACACUUCCAAUUUUGGUUUUGGUGCCAACACUGCUGGAAAUAGCUUAUUUGGAAAUAAGCCUGCAACUGGGACUCUGGGAACUGGAAUUGGGACAGGGUUUGGAACAGCUCUUGGGGCAGGACAGACUUCUUUAUUUGGAAAUACCCAGCCUAAACUUGGUGGAACACUGGGAACAGGAGCAUUUGGAGCACCGGGGUUCAAUACAUCAACAGCGACUCUGGGCUUUGGAGCCCCUCAGCCUGCUGUAGCACUGACAGACCCUAACGCAUCAGCGGCCCAGCAGGCGGUCCUCCAGCAGCAUCUCAAUAGCUUGACUUACUCACCCUUUGGAGAUUCCCCGCUGUUCAGAAACCCCAUGUCAGAUCCAAAGAAGAAAGAAGAGAGGCUGAAACCAACAAACCCAGCAGCUCAGAAGGCCUUAACGACACCCACCCACUACAAACUGACUCCGCGCCCCGCGACCAGAGUGCGACCAAAAGCUUUGCAGUCAGCUGGCUCUGCGAAAUCCCAGCUCUUCGAUGGUCUUGAUGAUGAUGAGCCGUCCCUGUCCAACGGCGCGUUCAUGCCCAAGAAGAGCAUCAAGAAGUUGGUUUUGAAGAAUCUCAACAAUAGCAGUCUCUUCUCACCUGUCAAUCGUGAAAACGAAGACCUGGCUUCUCCGUCAGAAUAUCCAGAGAAUGGAGACAGGUUCUUUUUGUCAGUACCUUCUGAUGAAAACCACAGACAAGAUGGUGAGCGAGAGGAAGAGGAGGAUCAACAUGAAGUGACCAGGUUUUACACUAACCCCAUCGCCAAGCCCAUCCCCCAGACUCCCGAGAACACUGUGCACAAACACCAGAACAACGUGGACGACACCAUCGUGGCUCUGAACAUGCGGGCGGCCUUGCGAAAUGGUCUGGAAGGCAGCAGUGAAGAUGCCUCGUUUCACGACGAUUCCCUUCAAGAUGAACGUGAAGAGGAGAGUGAAACCAUGCAUCAUGUGCAUCCUGCAGGAAUUGUUCUAACAAGAGCUGGCUAUUACACCAUCCCGUCCAUGGAGGAGCUUGCUAGAUUUACCAACGACAGAAAUGAAUGUAUUGUGACUGACUUCACCAUCGGCCGUAAAGGUUAUGGAUCAAUUUACUUUGAAGGAGAAGUAAAUCUAACAAACUUAAAUCUGGAUGACAUUGUACAUAUCCGUAGGAAAGAAGUGAUUGUUUACCCCGACGAUGAAAGAAAACCACCUAUUGGUGAAGGUUUAAAUAGACGAGCUGAAGUGACGUUAGAUGGAGUCUGGCCUACAGAUAAAACAUCUCGUUGCUUGAUAAAAAGCCCUGAACGACUUGCAGAGAUGAAUUACGAGGGUAGACUCGAGUCUGUAUCUCGGAAGCAGGGCGCUCGAUUCAAGGAAUACCGUCCAGAGACCGGAUCUUGGGUGUUUAAGGUGGCACACUUCUCCAAGUAUGGCUUGCAAGAUUCAGACGAGGAAGAGGAAGAGCAUCCUUUAAAAGUGGACACAAAGAAGUUAAAAACCACACCUGUGCCACCUCCAGGGCACCUGCCACCCCAGCAAAUGGCCCUAAAUGGCAAGCCCACGCCUCCAUCUCAGACCCCAGAAGUGGAGCAGCUGGGCAGGGUUGUGGAGCUGGACAGUGACAUGGCAGACAUCACCCAGGAGCUUCCCCAGGAGUCCGUUCUGGAAGAUAACAUGAUGGAAGAGCAGGAGGCAGUGCCUGCUUCAACCCACAUUGCAUCAACGCUGGGUAUUAACCCCCACGUCUUACAGAUUAUGAAAGCUUCCUUGCUUGCUGAUGAAGAGGACCUAGAUUUGAUCCUGGAUCAUUAUCCUGGGAAGCAAGCUAUAAAGAUGGAUACUUCUCAAGAGAUCUGUUCUCCAAGGCUCCCUAUUUCAAAAGCACACGGACAGAAAAGAUGCUCAGUUGGUGGGCUGCUGCAGUCAAAAUUUGCUAAUCUCAUUUGCCAACCGCCUGGCACUGCUGUGCAAGACUUCAAGGGACUGAGGACUUCGGGCAGUUCCCCCUCUGCUGCCCUUUGGUCGGCAGCUUCUCCUCUAGCAUCUGCGUUCACUGUGCCUCCCUCAGCCCCGGAGGUGCAGGUGAAGACGGUGGGUGUCCGCAGGCAGCAGGGGCUAGUGCCCCUGGACAAAUCCAUCACCCACAGGAAGGGGAAGCUGCUGAUGGACAUGGCGCUCUUCAUGGGGCGCUCGUUUCGUGUUGGCUGGGGACCCAACUGGACGCUGGUCAAUUGUGGAGAUCGGUUAAGUAGGUCAAGCGAAGUGGAAGACACUCAGUGUGAGUCUGUGGAGUACGGAUUCCUGCCUGCUCCGGUUGCUCCCAAAUUACUCUCAGAAUCUUCUUUCAAGGUUCAUGUGGAGAAGGUGAGCUUGGAACAAAGGAAGAUGGACAGAGACAAACAGUUGUAUCUCAUCCCUCUGGAGAUCAAGCUGAAACACAGCACUGUCCAUAUGGAUGAGCAGUGUCCUCUUCUAGCACCCAAUCCUGGAGUUUCUGUUAUUCAUGACUAUUCUGACUGGGUUAGAAAGGCAUCCGAGGAUCCUGCUGUGACAGAAACCGUUGUGAAGCACUGGUGCUUGACGUGGACGUUGUGUGAAGCAAUCUGGGGGAACCUGAAGGAGUUGGACGCCAGCCUGGAGGAGCCCAGUGAAUACAACCUGGCCCUGGAACGCAGGAGAGCCUUCUCUCGCUGGCUGUCAGAGACCGCUGCGGCACGAAUAGACGAGGAGGUCUCUUUGUCCCGACAUGAUAACCACGUGGAGGCCGUGUUCAGCUUCCUCACUGGGAGGAGAAUUGGCGAGGCUUGCAGACUGGCACAGCAGUCAGGUGACCACCGGCUUGCUCUGCUCCUGUCCCAGCUAGCAGGCAGCCAGCCCCUCCGCGACCUCCUCACCAUGCAGCUGGUGGACUGGCACCGGCUGCAGGCAGACUGCUUCAUCCAGGAGGAGAGGCUGCGCAUCUUCGCACUGCUUGCAGGGAAGCCUGUGUGGCAGCUCUCUGAGAGAGUAAGCAUCAACGUGUGCUCGCAGCUGGACUGGAAGCGCUGCAUGGCUGUCCAUCUCUGGUACCUGCUGCCUCCAACAGCUUCUAUUUCCCAGGCCCUUGCCAUGUACGAGUCAGCAUUUCAGAACACACCAGAGUCUGAAAAAUACGCCUGCUGCCCCCUGCCUCCUUACCUAGAAGGGUCUGGUUGUGUAAUCGAAGAAGACGAUAAUGCGGGAAGACCUCUGAGAGACGUCUGUUUCCAUUUGUUAAAGCUCUACAGUGACAGGCACUAUGACCUUGACCACCUGCUGGAUCCAAGGAGUAUAACAUCUGACCCUGUAGAUUAUCGUCUCAGCUGGCACCUGUGGGAGGUGCUCAGAGCCCUGAACUACACCCACCUCCUCAAGCAGGGGCAGGGAGUGCUGAAUGCCAGCUACGCUGCCCAGCUUGAAAGCGAAGGCCUUUGGGAAUGGGCUGUUUUUAUACUGCUGCACGAGCCUGAUACUCACAUACGGGAAAAGGCAGUGCGAGAACUCUUACACCGGCACUGCGUGCUGUCCGAGACACCCGAAUCGUGGGCCAAGGAGACCUUCCUGACACAGAGGCUCUGUGUCCCUGCUGAGUGGAUCCAUGAAGCAAAGGCUGUUCGAGCAAGGAUGGAGGGCGACCGGCAUAAAGAAGCCCUCUUCUUGUUCAAGGCUGGGCACUGGAACCAGUGUCACAAGCUUGUUGUCAGGCACUUAGCCUCAGAUGCUAUUAUUAAUGAGAACUACAAGUACCUAAAAGGAUUCCUGGAAGACCUCUCCCCUCCCGAACGCAGCGUGCUCAUCCAGGACUGGGAGGUGGCAGGGCUGGUCUAUCUAGAUUACAUCCGUGUUAUCGAGAUGGUUGAUAGGAUUCAACAGCUGGAUUGUUCCCCAUAUGAGCUGGAGCGUUUGCAUACCAAAGUGACUUCGCUGUGCAACAGGAUAGAGCAGAUAGAGUGCCACAACGCGAGGGACCGGCUGGCUCAGUCAGACAUGGCCAAGCGCAUUGCCAACCUGCUCAGGGUGGUCCUCAGCCUGCAGCACACCCCGGAGCCCGUCUCCGACUCCACCCCUGCCGUGCAGCGCGUCCCCCUUCGCCUGCUGGCUCCCCACAUCGGGCGGCUGCCCAUGCCGGAGGACUAUGCCCUGGAGGAGCUGCGCAGCCUCACCCAGUCGUACUUACGGGAGCUGACAGUGGUGACACAGUGAGGACGGAUCUCUUCACGGACAGACAGGUUUUUUACCAUUUGCUCACCCUUUUCCUGCUCUGAGGGUAAGCAUUCCCUUGGCAGCAGCCUCCAGCCACACCGGUUUUCCAUAGAGGCAUAAAGUGGCUUUAGUUCCGUGGGUUAUGGCAGGAAUUUUUGUAACCUGGGGGACCGGCGAGACCCAGCUGGGCCUUGCUGGCUGGCACCCUCAGCUACAUGACACUUUUUCCAAGAAUUAAUAAAAUCCCUCUUGUAGAACCUGACUGCAGGUGAGAUUGUGCCUGUGGAGGGGGUUCAGAGGGGGCUUCAUCUCCUGGCAGAUCCGUUUUAGUCCUUGCUUGCGGCACAGAGGACGGUGAAGCAAGUUCUGGGACAGCUCGUCCUGGGUGUGCCCGUAUUGGUGGGGCUGCGCCUGUUACUGCCGAGCCUUUGGUACCCGAACUGACCAAGGAUAAGCUUUAACUGGGGCUUUCUGUUAAACGUUUUGCUCUGUGGGUGGGGGGUGGGAGAAGAAACUAACUUCAGAAGACUCGUCUUUGCCUGCGUUCUCUUGCUGAGUUGGAGACCCGCAAGUGUGGUGUUCCUCAUUUCUCCAUCCUCCAUCUCCAAAACCCAAGGAAGCUGCUUCCCCGCCUCAGAGGGGGGAGCUGACACCUACGUGUGUGCCUUACGGUGUGCUCUGCGCUGCCCACGCCUCUGAAGACAGACCUCCGGGCUCCACACGCACGUGUUGCCACCAUGCAGCAAAACACAGGAGCUUCUCCCAGUACCCGCCCUGCUUCAGGACUCCAGGCCAGGCGCUUCUGGUCGGAGGGGGGCAAAUUCUGCACAAUUUCUGCCAAAAGGUCAGUCACAUGGCCCAGGAGCUCCGGGCUGCCUCUUCACAGCCACGCGUGAGGCAGGUGCCCGUGCAGACAAGCACCGUGGUGCUCUGCCCUGCACACGGCUGUGGUGGGAGCCAGCACCGGGCUGCCCCAGGGGCACGGUGCCCACGGAGCCCCUCCGACCACCGCGCGUAGCCGGGAGCCUGCCGGCGCCUCUGUGCUUGCUGCGUUACAUCGGGUGCAGCCACCAUCAGCAUCAGAACAUCCCGCGAGUGAACAGCUGGCAGUGUCAGUCUGCUCCAGUGUGUACAGUCCUCACCGUUACUGUGUUUAGAAACCGACUAUUUUUGGAAGAAAAAAAAAAAA